GCAUGCCUUGGUGUCUCUCUUUGAGUUUCUAUGCCAGAUAUUACUGCGCAAGACUCGGGACCAUUUUCCAACAAUAUUCCCACGGAGGACACGUACCAAAGACUUUCUUUGGUGGAUCCGUGAAACAGAUUUUUCUCAACCCUUUUUAAUUUCCCUGGCGAAACAGAUUUUUCUCAAAGCCUUUUUAAUUUCCCUGAUCUCUCGAGCAUAUGUUUAGGCGGAAGUUCGCGCCUUGUUUUCCAUGAGCCUCUGGGAGUCGAACUGGGGACACCUAGAAGAAGAAAAUAAAAUUGGGGCUCUGUUCAUCGGUGGGCCGUGGAAGACGGUACUUUCAAAUAGGAAUGGUUGACUGAUUCAGAGGUUUAGUGGGUUGUUCGAGGAUUAAUUGAAUUCAAAUCCAAAUGGGUCCCCUGAGGUCAUGCCCGUCCAAUUGUCCUGUUCAUAUUUGACUCAGAAGAAUGUCUCUUUCCAUGUGGAAUUGGGCGCAUUUCACAGGCUUUUAGUAAUCCUAAUUGGCGUGAUUUUGUUGACCCUUGGACUAGAUUUGUGUUAUAAUGGAGAUCAUAGAGGCCUGUGAAGGAAGGAUUAACAGAGGAGCUCAUCCCUCUGAGACUUGUAAGAAGAACCGUUUGUUUGCAAUCAUGGAGAAGUAUUACCCUUAUGAUGGUGUUACUGUUCCUGUUACUGCACAGUGGCAGAGAGCCAAGGAAUUUUCCAGGAGUUCACAGGGCGGAGGAGUUUCAUGCUGUGAGAAAAUUGGGAAAACGUUCUCAGAGCCCCAGAAGAAGGAGGAGGGGGGGAAGAAUGUUUUGCCGCCUCAACAGAGAAAGAAUAAGAAAGUGACUUUCAGAGAAGACAGAGAAGAGGAAAAGCAGAAGAUGAAUCUGCAGAAAACUGGUGGGAGAUUCAAUAGUGAAGGAACAAGUAGAAAUCAAUUAUUGGGAGACCUUGCAUUUUUGGGAGAUCUUGAAAUAAGUCAGAAGUGUUAUUUAAGUGAUGUAAAAAUUGGGGCAAGGCCUCCUAAAGUUGUCCCAUCUCCGAUUUUUGAGGUGAAUUUGGCGGCAAUUGCAAUUGAACUGAGAGUGAAAGUGAGAUCUGCAGACAUGCCUCCAGUGCAGCAGGAGCUUGCUUUCCGCUGUGGAAGAAAAUGUUUAGAUAGCCCUGAUAAAAUCGGUUUCAGAAUGGUUGCCUUGACUUUAAAAAAGGAAUUUGAUAAAUGCUAUGGUCCUGCUUGGCAUUGUAUUGUGGGAAGAAGCUUUGGAUCAUUUGUCACACAUUCUCCAGGGGGCUUCUUAUAUUUCUCAAUGGACAAAGUAUCUAUUCUUCUUUUCAGAACCGCAGUUGAACCAAUAGGCCAAUAGUAGUCCUUCUGAUUACAGAGCACUCAGGAAUCUUGUUUUGUCAGAGAGUAGUCAAAUUUUGACAGCAUUCAGACUUGUUCAACCAUUUCAUAAUUAUGUGUUGAAAAAUCUGAUCGGAAAUGUACUUAGCUUGUCAGAGUAUGAACAUAAAAGUGAAUUAGGCGGUCAAACCCAAACAAACUUGUGAAACAAUAUUGUCAGCCACUAUUUGGCAUUGGGAAUUUUCUAUUUUAAAAGAGGUGGACCCUGAUUCCAGAUCUGUACAUAUUCAUUGUGUAUACUACCCACUAUUUUAAAAUCUAGAUAAUAUGGGUUCACAUUGCGCAUUGAUCGGUGAUGUGCCAAUCAAUGCUGAUUUCUAUGUGAUUUGUUUGGAAGGCUUUCUAAAAAUAUUUUUAUAUAGGCAGUGGGAGAUUAUCUACUGGUUGUGUAUUUUAAUUUGAG